CGGGAAAGAACCCAUAAUCUGUUCGUGCUACUUUUCCCUAAAGCAUUACCAACGAUCAAAGUUCUCUCAGGCCUUUUCUUAUUUUUGCUUGACUUCCACUUUAUCAGCUGGAAAACAUUUGAGUUAACGUCCAUCAAUUUCAUGAGGGGGGGACGGGACUCUUCUACGUCCGUCACUUAUUGAUUUCAAAAUCCUGUAACCUGUAGCCAUUGAGUGUGAUUGAAUGCCAUUGCACCAUUUUGAGUAAUUCUUGACGCGACAUGACUGUAAGUCGCAUGCGAUGUGUUUCUACCCACGAUCAUUUACGACUUGAUAACUCCCAAAAAUGUCAACAAUCUGACAUGUCCACGACUCCACCAUAACGUUGUUCCCUCUCUUUGUAUUCGCAGGGGAUUGUUAUCACCUGCACCUUGCCAAUGGUCUUCUAAACGCCAGAAAAAAUACGACAGGUCAAAACAGUACUCAGAAAAAUGAUCGAUCUGUUUAAAAGUAAUACCCAGAAAAAAAGACGAUGAACGGGAUAUAUUGCAGAAACGAAAGUCUUGGUUGUGCAAACGUCGACUACAUUCAUCUCGAUAACGUUUUUUUUGUACCCUACUUAUUCGCCAUUUAGUAAACAGGUAUAUUUGCUUGGUCAGUCGCAGUUGUGUGUCCACGUCCUACUGAAAAUUCUGCCAAGCAUCGAGUAUCGAAAGUAAAAGUUAUUGGAGAAUUCACAUCUUUGCACGAUUUUACAAUGAAACAAGUCACUUUCAAAGGAAUUACCGUUGUUCGGGGUGAGGUGGAUUCGCUCCCGGAAAAGGUAUUAGCCUUUCUGGAACAUGACGUUGAGCUAUGCCAGCCCUCGUUCAUCCACAUCUGUGAUGGAUCCGACGAAGAAAAUCGACUUAUGUUGGACAUUUUGAUGGCCGAUGAAAUUAUCCAAACGUUGCCUAAAUAUGACAACUGUGUGCUAGCUCAUACUGAUCCUCGCGAUGUGGCCCGUGUCGAAUCAAAGACGUUCAUCUCCACUCAACUGCAGCGUGAGGCAGUUGCAUUACCGAAAGCGGGAGUUAAAGGCCAGCUUGGCAAUUGGAUGUCACCCAAAGAUCUCGAGACCGCAAUUCAAGAACGAUUCCCCGGAUGUAUGAAAGGAAGAACGAUGUACCUGUUGGCUUAUUGCAUGGGUCCUAUGGGCUCGCCUCUCUCAAAAUUCGGUAUCCAGGUCACUGAUUCUGCCUAUGUCGUUGCUUGUAUGCGGAUUAUGACCCGUAUGGGCAAGCAAGUGUUGGAUGCGAUGGGUGACGGUGACUUUGUCCGCUGUUUGCAUUCAGUCGGUUGUCCGUUACCUUUAAAAGAGCCACUUCAGCGCAACUGGCCUUGCAAUCCUAAACUGACCUUCAUCGCCCACAAAACGGCUACCAACGAAGUCAUGUCGUUCGGAAGCGGAUACGGUGGCAAUUCUCUGCUAGGCAAAAAAUGUUUUUCCCUUCGCAUCGGAUCAGCUAUUGCCCGUCGUGAAGGAUGGCUAGCUGAACAUAUGCUAAUUGUCGGGGUAACCAAUCCCGAAGGCGUGAAACGUUACCUGGUUGCUGCAUUUCCUAGUCAAUGUGGCAAAACUAAUUUGGCCAUGUUGACUGCCACGUUGCCUGGCUACAAAGUCGAAUGCGUCGGAGAUGAUAUUGCAUGGAUGAGGUUUGACGAAAAGGGCCAGCUCAGAGCCAUCAAUCCGGAAAAUGGGUUCUUUGGUGUUUGUCCAGGUACAAAUUACAAGACUAAUCCUGUCGCCAUGCAAAUGAUCAAGAAAAACACAAUUUUUACAAACGUAGCAAGAACUUCUGAUGGCGGCGUAUUUUGGGAGGGUUUAGAAAAGGACUUACCUGAAGGUGUUACCAUUACCUCUUGGCUGGGCGAGGAAAAUUGGCAGCCAGGCAGCGAUCACCCUGCCGCUCAUCCCAAUUCCAGAUUCUGUACGCCGGCUGGGCAAUGUCCGACCAUCGAUCCAAACUGGGAAGAUCCUGCUGGAGUCCCUAUCGAUGCCAUCAUAUUUGGGGGACGUCGUCCGGUGGGCAUCCCGUUAGUCUACGAGUCUUUAAACUGGCAACACGGGGUUUUCGUCGGCGCUACAGUCAGUUCAGAGGCCACAUCGGCGGCUGAGUAUGCGGGCCAUGAAGUUAUGCAUGAUCCGUUUUCAGCCCGUCCUUUCCUCAGCUACAAUGCCGGCGAUUACAUUAACCAUUGGCUGGAAAUGGAGAUGCCCGGAAGGCGGAUGCCUAAAAUCUUCCACGUCAAUUGGUUCCGUCGUGAUUCUAAAGGGCAGUUUCUAUGGCCUGGGUUCGGUGAAAACAUUCGCGUUCUUGACUGGAUCCUCCGCCGUUGUUCCAACGAGAAAGGCGAUAUCGCAGAGAUGAGCCCCAUCGGGUUCAUUCCGAAACAAGGCUCGAUAAAUAUGGAUGGAUUAGAGAAUCCGGUUGACUGGAAAAAACUUUUUGAUUUGCCCAAGGACUUUUGGAUAGCCGAGAUGGACAACAUUGAAAAAUAUUUAACAGACCAAAUAAAUGAAGAUUUACCACGUGAAAUGAUUAAAGAAAUUGAAGAUCUUCGUCAGCGGUUUAAUCAGUUUUGAAUGAAAAAAUUACCUUUUUUUUCGUUGGGACUAUUAAAUUGCCGGUAACAGCAUUCAUUGUAGAGAAGGGCUAAACAGUAUCCCUCGAUUCUCAGCUGACCGGCUAAAAUUUUUCGAAUUUUUCCUUUAUUGUCCUAAUACAACUGGCUUUUUAACAUCA